AUGGUGGUCGUUAGUGGAGAAAUUUCCAAAUGCAAACUUGAUCUUGGUCUGUUGAUUGACACGACAAGGAGUAUCAAGUACACAAACCUUCCAAAAUUGAGGAAAGCGCUGGCGAGUCUGGUGAGCCAAUUUGAUAUCUCACCUGAGGGAACUCACGUAUCACUUGAAACGUUCGACAGGACAAGCACGCUUCACAACACGUUCAAUGAUAGCCGUUACUACAGCAACAAAGCUGUAGAUGAUUUGAUAAACAACCGUUUAGAACAACUGAACAUGCCUACCCGCCUUGACAAAGCACUUGGGACUGCCAAGAAUGUCAUGUUCACGGAGGGAAGUGGACAAAGGGCUGGAGUCCGAAGUGCCAUGGUUUUGUUCACCGACGGAAAAUCACACCCUGACACAGAGGACUUUUUCCUUGACAUUGUAGCACUAAAGGCGAAAGCUGUCCACAUUAUCGUCGUUGCCAUCGGUCCAGAGGCGCGGAGGCCAAAGAAUCGCGAAGUACUAGACUUUAUUGGAGGGAAAAACUUGCUUUUUGUGAACGACUAUGCUAGUGUUGGUGACGUUAUUCAAGAUAUCACAACGCUAACCUGUCCCCCAGAUCCUUGUGAAAAAUCUAAGGGAAUGGACGUGGCAUUUUUGGUGGACAAGACCAAGAGUCUGGGUGUGUCAAACUUCUUGUUACUUAAGGGUUUUCUUCUUCAACUCAUUGACGCAAUGCACAUCGGCCCAGAUGCGACACACACGGCCAUAAUAACGUUUAACCAGAAGGCAAAAGUUCUAAGCACUUUUGCAGACAAGCAGUUCUACAGCAACGACGCUGUCCAUCAGUUAAUUGAUAAUCUGCCCAUCACUUUUGGCCAACGUACCUUCAUUGACAAAGCAUUGAUCACUGCCUACAAGAAGCUCUUUAGCGAGGAGGGAGGAGACCGGCCGGAGUACCCAAAUGUUCUAAUUCUUCUAACGGAUGGUAGGACCCAUCCUGAUUCAAAACCAUUAUCUGAAAUAACUCCUUUGUUAAAGGCCAAAAAUGUUCACCUUGUGGCGGUUGGGAUUGGCCGGUAUGAGAACUUUCAAGGCCAACUGGAGGAAAUUGCAGGAAAAAAUGCUUACAGCUCCAGCAACUAUGAUGAGCUGUCAGAUUUGUUUGAUGACAUUCUGGCUGAAACUUGCACUUCUCAGCGGUCCACAAUCCUAAAUCUUUGA